AUGGAGGCAUUGGCCAACUAUGGAGCAAAGAUCAUGCCAGAGAUGAUAUCUCGCACCGAGUCGGUCUACAUAUACACCGAAGAUGGUCGGAAAAUCUUAGACUGGACGUCCGGACAGAUGGCAUCUUUGCUCGGCCAUUGCCAUCCAGAAGUAGUCGAGACAAUCAGAUCAGCUGCGGGGAAGCUUGACCAUGUCUCGUCGUGCAUGCUCGCUCCUCCUGUGGUCGAGCUGGCCAAGCGACUCACAGACGCUCUCCCUUCUGGCCUCGACAAGGCAGUCUUCUUCAGCACAGGCUCUGAGAGCAAUGAAGCCGCAAUUCGCUUGGCCAAAUUGUACACCGGGAAGUUCGAGGUCGUUGCGUUGGGACAGUCCUGGCACGGCAUGAGCGCCGAAGCACAAGCAGCACAAUACCAGGGCGGCCGCAGAGGUUAUGGACCGUCGAUUCCCGGGCAACAUAUGCUUCCUCAGCCCAAUGCGUAUCGAUCACCUUUCCGGAAUCGUGACGGCUCAUACGACUGGGAGACUGAACUGGACUACGGCUGGAGUCUGAUCGACCAAUCAUCUUGUGGGUCGCUUGCUGCCUGUCUGGUGGAGUGCAUUCAAGGCGAUGGCGGUAUCCACGUGCUGCCACCUGGCUAUCUCAAAACCAUCAAGCAACGUUGCGAGGCUCGUGGAAUGCUUCUUAUUGUGGACGAAGCUCAGACCGGGCUGGGACGGACGGGGAAGCUCUUCGCGAUUGAGCACGAUGAUGUCGUCCCUGAUAUUCUGACUUUGAGCAAACCGCUCGCCAAUGGUCUGCCGUUGAGUGCCAUGGUCACUAGUGCAGAGAUUGACGCACGAGGCAAAGAAAAAGGUUUCUUGUUCUUCACGACUCACACGAACGAGCCACUUCUGGCAGCGGUAGCGAAUACGGUCCUCACAGUUCUCGUCAGGGACAACCUCGUGCAGAACGCCGUAGCGAGAGGCGAACAACUCAAGAACGGGUUCUUGAAGCUCAAGGAUCGGUAUGCAUGUAUUGGCGAUGUUCGUGGUCGAGGACUGAUGUUGGGUCUUGAGAUCGUGGAUGAUCGUCGACGCAAGACCGGCAAUCCCAAGCUUGCCCGAGCACUGUCUGAGGCACUGUGGCACAAGGGCGUUUGGUGCCAAUUGCAAGCCGGUGCUGUCUUUCGAAUUGGGCCUCCCAUCACCAUUACUUCAGAUCAGGUGUCGGAAGGCUUGCGAAUGAUGGACGAAGUUUUCCGGAGUACAACGAGAACUGUCGUGGCGCAGAAAACGGCGAGAUCUCAUUGA